AUGGAAGCUGCGAUGGGACUGAUGCGGAGGAUUCCACCCAAACACACCGAAACUGCUCUCUCUGCGCUUCUCAGUCUCAUGCCCAACAACUCUUCCGAUCUCCUCUCUCAAGUCGAUCAACCCCUCCAGGUUUUGUGCGAUGUGGACUGUGGGAAGGAGUUCAUUUUGUGUGAAUAUAACAGAGAUGCAGAUUCUUACAGAUCACCCUGGUCCAAUAAAUACCACCCACCAUUAGAAGAUGGGUCGCUUCCUUCUUUAGAGUUGAGGAAGCUUGAAAUUGAAGCAAAUGACAUAUUUGCUAUAUAUCGUGACCAGUAUUAUGAAGGUGGCAUUUCAUCAGUUUAUAUGUGGGAAGAUGAAAAUGAAGGUUUUGUAGCUUGCUUUUUGAUAAAGAAAGAUGGCUCAAAGACAGGGCAAGGUCGACGGGGAUAUUUAGAAGAAGGAGCAUGGGAUGCCAUACAUGUUAUAGAGGUUGGACCAGAGGAAGAAGAAAACACCAAUUACCGGUUAACCAGUACAGUCAUGUUGACUUUGACUACAAACAACGAAUCAUCAGGAACCUUCAGCUUGUCUGGAUCAAUUAGACGUCAGAUGAGUAUGAGGCUAUCAGUUGCUGAUGGACAUCUUUGUAACAUGGGAAGGAUGAUUGAAGAAAUGGAGAGUAAGCUGAGGAACUCACUUGAUCAGGUAUACUUUGGGAAAACAAGAGAAAUGGUUUGCACACUAAGACCGCCAUCUGAAGUGGUGCAGUUGAGAAUCCCUGAGAGCUGA